AUGUCGAGCAACGACGCAGAGAGAUUUGACGCGAUGUUUUUGGCCAUUGCACAGCAGUGUGAAGGCGGAAUAGACGAGGUUUGUUCUUUUAAAGUGUAUAUACAAUCCCUUGCAACAGGAAAUAUUUCUAUGGCUGACAGUUUUAAUAUGCCAAAAUAUAAAGUAGUUGUUGAACUUAUAUAUUUCUGGAAAGCUUUAGCAUUAUACCAUAUAAAUUUAUAAAUGUAUUGAUAAAUGCGUAUAAAAUACAGCAUGUAUUCCUUUGCAAUUGCUGUAUGGAUAUAUAAAUGAUCUGACUGUUGGGCUGUUACAUUUUACCCUCCCCCUCCCCGCUUUUGAAGAUCCUCACCCCUCUGCAAUGCAAACAAAAUCUAUGCAACUGACCCCUCUGGAAGUGUCUUCACACCCCCGCCCAUCAUUUUCUCCCAUUUGAGUUUCUUCGGGGAUGGAUCCAGCAUGAUAUGGUAGGGGGGUGCUCUGGUGCCGAGUUGUGUCGGUCAUGUGUGCUGCCCGCCCAUCAACUUGCUUCACCACUGCAAGCUUUGACUACAGUAUUUGAAUUGUGAUUGUUGUUCACAGUUUGCUCAUCAUGUUAUUACUCAAAUUACUGUAUCUCAUUUUGUCUCUAAUAAUUUUUUGCUUUAUCAUGAAAAAUAGCACCCAGUAAAUCCAUCCCUGUUUUCUUUGAUUACCUGUCUAUGAUCUGGAAAAGUUGACCAAUUAACACCCUUGGAAAUUGAGGUCCUCGACAGGUAUAAUGGGAGGGAGGGGUUCAGGUAUUAAAUGUAAUGACAUGUGGUAAAAAGUAAUAUUUCAUCUCUACCAGACAUACUGUCCGGUGAUAACACUGCCGGACAUUUGCCUUUUUGUGUUGGACCAUGUCCAGCCGCUUAUUUUCAGGCUUGUGUGAAACACUGAAAAAUGUGUUGAAAAACAACGCCUAGCCCAGUUUAUUCGCAUACUUUGCAAUCAUCUUCCUUCAUAUCCCACAAAAUCUGCCUUAAUUUAAGACAAUGAAAAUAUAAUAGUACUUUCAAUUUCCCAUAGUUACUGGAUGUUUUCUUUGGAUUUCUUGGUCGAAAGACAGAUUUCUUUACUGGGGCUAGCAAAGGUGAAUCAGAAAUGGUAUGUUUCUUGCAUAAUUUCUAUCUUAACGUUACAUGUUUGACAAGCAAUAAUAUCGGCUUUUUGUUUUAGAUCAUCAUGGAUAAGUUUAGGGAGUAUGAAAAGAAAACAAUCAAGGUACUGUAAAUUUAGUGUCAGCUAAAUGCCAAAAAGGUAAAUUAUCAUUUCUUUCAAAUCCUAUGUGAACCCCUGUUUGGGAGCCAAGUUGCAAAUUUUGACAAAACAUAAUUGUGAUCUCUUAAUAGUUGUAAUGGUAUUUUUUACGGUUUCAUAAUUUGGCUUAUUAUGGGGGCUGACCCCCUUUCCCCCCCCCACCUCCAAAAAAAAUCCGUGCCUAUAGGAGAACUUGAUAUAAAGGUGUAAGUUUUUUAGUUGCCUGAAUUGUAAAAUGACAGUUUUUUGCAUGGAUCCCAGACCUUCGCCCCAAGACCAUAUCUAAGGUCCAUUUUCUGUUUCAUCUUUGAAUAUUGUUUAGGCAAAAGAUAAGAAAGAACGAGAAAUAAAAAGAGCGGCAAAAGCCAAAGCAAAGAAAGAGAAAGAAGAAACAAGAAAGAAAGAAGCUGCAGCAAGUGAGUCAAAAAUAAAAGAACUGUCUGAUGAAGAAGCUAAAAAACUGGAGGAAGAAAUGGAUGCUAAGAAAACAGACACCUCUGAAACAAAUGGAAAGGUGGAUGAAGUAUCCGAGAAGAAAACAGAAGAAAAGGUUUGAAUAAUCUUGAAGACAUUGAUUCACAUCAGUCCAGAUGGAAAAAAAAACCCACUUCUUUGAGCCCUUCCUCAGGAUAAUUGAGCCCUUCCAUGCCCAGUGAUUUUUGCUUCCAUCCAUAGCACCCCCACCUCCCAUGGAGGAACUUUGUGAUGACCAAGGGGGGGGGAGAAAAUCUACUUCAAAUAUAAUAAAAAAUGUAGGUUAUCGUUCCAUGUUUCGCGCACCAAUAUAAGUUAGGGUUAGGGGUUAGGUAUUAGGGUUAGGUUAGGGUUACGGUUAGGAAUAGGUUGUGUAUAUACGUGUAUGGAGGUAUCCAGUUAACUUUUCAGUACACUAUAAUAUCCAUUACAUAACGUUUACUAUAUUGGUGCACGAAACAUGGAACGAUUACCAGAAUGUACUUAGGAUAUACAAAGGGAGAGAGGGGUAAAGUUUUAAUUUCCUCUGGGGAGGGGGGAGUUGGUCCUAGAUCCAUUGAUUGUGAAACAAACUAUCCAUGUUUGGGGUUUUCCCAUUAGAUUCUGAUUAUAUCAUGCUUCUGCUCUGUCUAAUGCCACAUUUAGGAAGACAGUGAUGAAGAUGAGGACUCAAAAGGAAAAAUUAAGCCAAAUGUUGGAAAUGGGUGUGAUCUAGAAAACUAUAGUUGGAUCCAGGUCGGUGGAGAAUGUGUUUACCAAUCUCUCCGAGAUAUAAUGGCAACUACUUAUUUACAAUGGAUAAUUACAUUGUCCAUUUCAAUGGACCAUUUGCAUUAUAGACUAAAUUUUGAUUUAAACAAGUCUAGACAAAACAUUCAUCACAGCUUGAAAGAGCAUCAACAUUCAUCACAGUUAUUUCAGUCAUUUUGUAUUACAAACGGGAAAUUGAUGCCCCAACACCCGAUUUGGCUGUCAAUUUUUCGUGCGUAAUACAAAAUGACUGAAACACGGCAAACUUCGCAAGGCUAUAUUAUCCGCAUUUUACAACAUUUCUCAACGAAACUUUGGAAUCUUACUAAUUUUGUGAUGCUCUUUCAAGCUGUGAUGAAAUUUUUGUCUAGAUCAAAAUUUAGUCUAUAAUGCAAAUGGUCCAUUCAUAGCUAUUGUUUUGUGUGUACGAAUUCAGAGCUGAAUUGAUUGAAUUUUUUUGUAUUUUUAGACUCUAUCUGAACUUGAGGUAUGUUUUCCAACAUGGCUGCCACCUGUAUUCAAAGUGUCAUUUCAAUAUUGUGGUUUUGUUUACUACAAAAUAACAUUCUCCAGUAUUUUGAACAGAUCAUCAUAUUUUCUUAUGAAUGUGCACUGGAUUUAGAUACGAGUUCCAUUGGGUGUUGAAGUUAAAGUGAAGAGCAAAGAUGUUAUAGUUGACAUUAAAAAGAAGGUGAUUGAUUAGUUCUUUUUCAUGUUUCUUAUGUUUUGUUGCAUAAUCCCAGACCUGUGCCAUCCAGAUGCGUGGAUGUUUUCUGGAAUGACACAUUGUCUUUAAAAAAAGAUGAUAUAGAAUGACCCAUUGUCUUCUAAAACAAUGAUAUAGAAUGACCCAUUGUCUUUUAAAACAAUGGUAUAGAAUGACUUCUAAAACAAUGAUAUAGAAUGACCCAUUGUCUUGUAAAACAAUCGUGGUAUAGGAUGACCCAUUGUCUUUUAAAACAAUGGUGUAGAAUGACUUCUAAAACAAUGAUAUAGAAUGACCCAUUGUCUUGUAAAACAAUUGUGGUAUAGGAUGACCCAUUGCCUUUUAAAACAAUGGUAUGGAAUGACCCAUUGUCUUGUAAAACAAUGGUAUAUAAUGACCCAUUGUCUUUUACAACAGUUGUAUAGAAUGGCCCAUUGUCUUUUAAAAUUCUUCAAUGGCAACUGACAAAAUCUUUGCACCGAUACAUAUUUCCAUAAUUUAGCAUAUUAAAGUUGGUUUGAAAGGUCAGCCAAUAAUUGAUGGGGAAUUGUGUAAAGAAGUAAGUAUGAUUUCAUUAAAGGUUUCUCAUUUAAUAUUUGAUUGAAAACCUGGCUGUACUGAUUGAAUAAACUGUGAUUCAUAAUUACCAUCCACAGGUGAAAAUGGAAGAAUGUAUCUGGGUGUUACAAGACCAGAAAACUGUUGUUGUUACUUUAGAAAAGGUACAGUAUGUGUCCUGUAUACCUUUAUGUCUGUCUUUGAAUCUCACAAACAACAACUGCCAGCCUGUAAUUUAAAGCAAAUUAAAAACUUUAUUCCAGGUAAACAAAAUGGAAUGGUGGAACAAACUUGUAACGACCGAUCCGGAAAUAAACACGAAGAAAGUUCAACCUGAAAACUCCAAGGUACUCCAAACUUUAAAAUAGAAGUUCACAUGUGAUUUCCACUACCGCCUAAAUACCAGAAUGGCGCCUUUCAUUUUAUUAUAUAUAUAUUACUAUAAAAACAUAUAUUACUAUAAAAAUUUUUGCGUGCGAAGUUAAACGAGGUCCGGAUCGAUUUGUUUUUGAAUUGUUCUCAAUUUUUAAAACUUUUCCAGAUUUUCUUUUAAUUAUCAAUCAAAUGGUUAGGGUUAGAGGGUUAGAUAAGCCAUUAGGGUUGGGAACAGUUUAUUUCAUAAAAAUUCAACUUUAAGUCUUUAACUAUAUAAAUAAAGUGGAAGGUGCCAUUCCGGUAUUUAGGCAACCAUCAACCAAUCAGAUGCGUAUGAUAUAUUUGAUUAGCCAAUCAGAUGCAUACGAAGCCAGGUAGCGGUAGUGUCCAAAUUUGAACCUCUAUAAAGAUGAAGGAAAGACAGAUAGUUUAAUAGCUAGUUCUCUUCGUUCUAUAAAUGCAUUUUGUUUGUUUAUAUUCUAAGUUAUCUGAGCUUGAUGGUGAAACACGUGGCAUGGUCGAGAAGAUGAUGUAUGAUCAAAGACAGAAAGCGGUAAGCAAACAUUGUAAAUGCAGAACUUCCAAAUAAGAACAUUUUGGGGUGCAUGCGUUGUUAGCCUGGGUAGCAGGCGCUAUUUGCGGACGGUGUAUUGGAGAAAUACAGCCUGCCCCCAAGUAUUUGGAUUGAUGGUGUUCAUGUAUUUUUGUCUAGAUGGGUUUACCAACUUCAGAUGACCAACAGAAACAGGAUGUCCUUAAAAAGUAAGAAAUAAUUGAAAACUUACUGUGUCAGACGCACGUGGACUUAUGAUCAUCGCAAUGUAUUAUACAGGGUUCGUACAAAACUUGAAAGUCCUUGAAUGUCCUUGAAUUUGAAAACAAAAAUUCAAGGCCUUGAAUGUCCUUGAAUUUGUAAAGAAGUACGUGAAUAUCCUUGAAUUCUUCUUGCUUUAGUUUUUGGAUAUUUUCUGAAAUUGUUUGACAUUCAAGACGGACAUUUUGUUGAACUGAUUUUGCGUGUUCAUAUCUGACGGUUCUGACCUCAUUAUAUAAAGUUACGUUUUGAACAAUUCAACGUCAGAUUUUGCUGAUUUCUAACGCCUUCUUCAGUAUUUAGUCCUUGAAUUUGCUGAUACAUGGCCUUGAAUGUCCUUGAAAAGUCCUUGAAUUUGACUCUUCCUGACAUGUACGAACCCUGAUUAUAGCGAUUGAUAGUCACAGGUUUUCUUGCAAAAUGAGAGGGUCAGUAGAAAUUGAAUAGCACAAAACCACAAUCCAAAAGGGAAAGUCGCUAGAUAGUGUGUGGCAUGCUUUCUUCAAUAUGCACCGUUUCUUUUUCUUCCAUGUACGCGCUAAUUAGAACCACAUGAAAUCGUGCUGACAUGACCGUUUAGUUGAUCUUCAAUAGACUUAUGCAUAAUGACGUCACAAGGCUUGAUGCCCGCGAGGAAUGCUGGUCUUAGUAGUCAUCGCCCGGGAAAAUUUUGAUAGUGGCCAUUUUGAAUUGUUUAAUUUUCCCCGGCGAUAACUACUAAGAUCAGCAUUCCUCGCGGGCAUCAAUCCUUGUGACGUCGUUAUGCAUAAGGUCUAUUAACGCUUAUAUUAGACUUAUGUUAGACAGGUUUAGAUCAAGGACGUGGAAAAAAAAUGGCGUCAAAACAAAAUGGCGGCAUAUCCAUACAUGGGCACAACACGUCAUUUUCACGUCGUCUUUGACGUGCGUGUCCUCGAUCUAAAUCUGUCUAUUAUUUGCAUUAAAGACGAUCCGUGUUACGGAUGGAAAGCUUUGUAAUAAAUAGACGUGCAUGGUGUUUUCAGAAACCGAAAGUUACAUUAUUAUUCGCCAUACAAAGCUACAAAGAACUUAGAAAUGAAAAGUUAUUCACAGUUGCACCAGCGGUACUUUUUAACCUUACAUUAUUGCACUACCUCUGCGACACAUGUACAACAUGUUCAUUUUUUAGGUUCAUGGAACAACACCCAGAAAUGGAUUUCUCACAAGCCAAAUUUUCAUGA